AUCCUUCUCUCUUCUUCUUCUUUCUCUUUUGUCUCAUCUUGGAAUAUAUCAAUCGAACCUCUGCUAAAGUAAUUCCAAAGUGAAGUACAUAUGCAGCAGUGACACCUAUGUCGUCAGUUUCCACACUUUGAUGGCGAUAUUAAUCGUGCUGCUUAUUGUACUGUUGGUUCAUUUACACGGUGGUGCUCAUCACAAAGAGCCAAGAGGAAUUACAGUAGCGAAUAAGGGUUGCGAUUUGUCUCAGGGAAAUUGGGUUGCUGAUGAAUCAUACCCUCUUUAUAAUAGCUCACAAUGUCCCUUUAUUCUCAAAGAAUUUGAUUGCAUAAGAAAUGGUCGUCCUGAUAAAAACUAUGUCAAGUACAGAUGGCAACCCAAAAACUGCAACUUACCAAGAUUCAAUGGAGAAGAUUUGUUGAGAAGACUGAGAGGGAAGAGUAUUUUGUUUGUGGGGGACUCCUUGAGUUUGAAUCAAUGGCAAUCACUCACUUGCAUGCUUCACACGGCUGUGCCACGUGCCAAGUACACCUCAGUCAGAACUGGAGGUCUAUCCACCUUCACUUUUCCGAGGUAUGAUGUGAAGGUGAUGCUUUCCCGUAACGCAUUUUUGGUGGAUAUUGAAAGUGAAAGUAUUGGUAGAGUCCUGAAAUUAGAUUCGAUUGGAGAUGGAAAAAGGUGGAAAGGAAACGAUAUACUGAUAUUCGACUCUUGGCAUUGGUGGCUUCACAUCGGAAGAAAACAACCAUGGGAUUUCAUCCGAGAAGGAAAUCACACAUACAAGGACAUGGAUCGCUUGGUUGCAUACGAGAAAGGCUUGAAAACAUGGGCCAAAUGGGUUGAAGACAACGUUAACCCUAAAAAAACAAGGGUGUUCUUUCAAGGAGUGUCUCCAGAUCAUCUAAAUGGAGGAAAAUGGGGUGAGACAAAGGAAAGAUUCUGUGAGGGGCAAAUGGUGCCAGCUUCUGGAUCAAAGUAUUCGCACCCAGCUGAGAUAGUGUUACAGAAGGUGUUGGGAAGCAUGUCAAAGCGUGUGAAUUUGCUGAAUAUUACUGCAUUGUCACAGAUGAGAAAAGAUGGUCACCCA